GCCAACUUGUGAAUAAUGCAAAUGAAUCAUUGGUAAUCAAUGAACCAUGUUUACAGAAUGGUUUUGUUCAAAAUUUAACUUACGAUGAUAUAUUUAGUACACCUUGUGCUCGAAAUCAAUAUGCACCAUUACCAAGUAUUAAUAAAUCAUCAAUAUUCUCAUUCAUAGGAUCCGGUGAUUCUUCACUAUGUUCUGAUCUUGUACGAGAACGUUUAAAUCAAUCAAUUUGUACAUUAACAACUUGUAGUUUUGAUAAUGUCUAUCAACCAGUACCAAUUUCACCAUCAACUAAAUUUAUUGCUAUUUCAGCAUGGUAUACAACAUUCAAUAAUUUAGCUCCAAAUAUUAGUUUAUUACCUAAUACAGAUGGAAAUUAUGAUUUUAAUUCUGUUAAUUUUAAUCAAAUUCAAACAGCUAUUGCUGCAAUAUGUCGUCAACCAUGGUCAGAUUUACCUCAACCAGAUAAAUAUCGACCAUUUUUAUGUUUUAAUUCAAUGUAUCAUUGGACAUUACUUCAACAUGGUUAUUCAAUGAGAGAUGAAAAUCUAAAAAAUUUUCAUAUUGUUAAAUCAAUUAAUUCUAAUGAAAUUGGUUGGACAUUAGGUUAUAUGAUAAAUCAAACAAAUUCUAUAGAUCCUGAAUUUCGACCGAAACGUUUAAUAACUAAAGAUGAAUUUGGUGGUUUAUUAUUUUUAUGUUCGUUCUUGCUGAUUGUUAGUGCAAUUAUAACUAUUAUAGCAAUGAUGCGGUAUAAAAGACGUCGAGAUUAUUAA